GGACUCGUCCACGGAAGAGCGUUUUCGCUGCAGCGCACGUCAGGGCCAGCUGGUAUACAGAUUUAUCUACGAACCCGGUCCGGACAGGGUUUUAAAGGUCGAUGGCGUUAAGCUGUCGUACAGGGUAGCUCGUCAUGGUUCCGUGGUGGCGCGACGAUCAAGACGACCAGAUUCAACAGUACUGCGAGCAACAUCUUGCAGAGCGGCUGCACCUUUGGAGGGGUCGUGUGAUCCCAAAUUUCAUAAAAGCGCGACAGAAUCCACUUCGAGACGGGUUGCCGUGCAGCAUUGACAACCAUUGGCGUUCUGUCUCCGCAGACUCCUGGCGUGGCAUGAGAAGCAGCCCUCGCACCACAAAGACACCGAUGCAUCGCUUCUGCAAACAAUGCAUUAGACCCAUUCACAUCACGUGCAACGAAACCCGAUUCGCGCCGUGUUUGACCGAGAAGCGCUCGAUGCUCCUGCUGUACACGAUCUAUUCACACUCGAUUCCGGACUUGCUGCGGGCUGACUGUGUGCUAUUCAUCCAUCGACGUUGGCUAAACAUAAUUCUGCGUCGUCAAGAUCGAGCUUGGUCUAGAGGAAGCCAAUACUCAUACUCAAGCAUGCCUUUUUGAAUCAGCGCACAGUAGAGCGGCUAGUCCGCCGUUGCCACAUAGACCCAUGCAAGUCUCGUAGGGUCUGCUCGGAACGCAUACUUGUCAAAACACCCGGUCGGAGACGACGCAAUGCAGCCAUCACUAUAAGUACAGCUAUCUACGAGCUUUCUGAUAGCCUAAAACGGCAGCCAUGGCCUGUUCGUUGCUCUGAUGACAGAGCGCAGCUGUCGCCAUCUUC